AUGACAGAGCGAGAACAUAGGAGUGCUAAGCGUAAAUGGAAAACUGCAAAUAAGAAACAUCGAGAACGACAAAAAACUGCUCAACAAAUUAUGGAUAUUACACCGACGUCGAGCCCGCGGUCAGGAACUCCAGUUUUACCGAGGUCUAGAGGCCGAAAACAAAUACGAAGAGAUAGAUCUGCAGUGCCAUUUUAUAUAAAGCCACCUUCAGUUUCUAGAAGAGAGAUUUGCCUAUGCAAGAUACAUACUAAUGCGCAGUAUAUUUUAGAUGCUCUCUACAAAACCAGGGUUAUCGCUCACCAAAACACUGAAGGAGUUAAACAAGGUACGAUGCUAGUACACCAAGUUUUUACUGACACUCCCGGUGAACUUCAAUAUAGAGAUCUCAGUUGCUUUUGCCAAAGAGGUUUUUGCUCAUGCAUGAGCCCAAAAACUUAUCACCCUGUUCCUGCUCCCGUUAUUGACACACUAACAGAAGGUAUUCUCUUGGAUGGAUUGGAUGAGGAAAUAGUUCUCGAUGAUAUUUUAUAUAUAAUUACCGUACCUAGAAGAACAUUUUACAAUACGGUUUAUUCCACACCUUCCAGCUCUGAUGACGAGUUCUUAGCCAGCUAUAGCCAACCAUCAGUUUCUAAUAUAAAAGAAAGGCAAUUAAUUAAAAAGGAAAAUAUUCAUCCUACAAAGAUAUCAGACGGUGUCCAUGUCUUAGUAAAAGUGUCUUCUGUUAAAGACAAACAUUACACUUAUCUACGUGUUGCUAAAAGUGAAGUUGAUGAAGAAGGAGACGUCAAAAUUAUGUUUCACAAGACAGUAGAUAAAACUGGUAAAAGGUUCAAAGCAGUAGAUACUGAUAUUUCUUACGAACCUUACGAUAACAUCUUAGAAAUUGUUCCUAAUCCUAAAAUUGUCGUAAAAGAUGAUGAAGGAAAUUUAGGAGAAGAGGCGACUAUAGAUUUAGAUGAAAUUGCAAGCAAUGACAAUUUGAAUGUAUCAAACCAUGAAGAAGGUAUGAUAGCCUUGAGGCAGCUGCCAGCGCCUUUAUACGCUCUGGACACUAUGUAUGCUGUGCUUUCAAUCAUGUCUAGAAGUAUUGCUAUAGUUGAGACUGCUAAUAAAAGAGAUAUCCUAAAGUUGACAUCUAAAACUUCUGUAGAUCAAGAAUAUAAAACUAAAUAUAGAGAGUUAAUUCAAUUAACAUCAUGUAUGGAUGACGCUGUUCGUUUUAUAAAAAAUAAAAGCUGUAGACAAACAAAGGCCGUUUUUACUGUCAUAAACAAGUCGCUGCCGGUAUUGGAACUUCAUAUGAGUGAAAUUUAUUUGAAUGAUGUAGCGGAUAUUUUACUAAAGAAAACUAAAGAUUUUAAUAUGGCCGACUUAGAUUGGAACUUAGUCCGCAGUAUCGCUUUACAAUUGAUGGCGCACAAUGUCGAAUGGGUGCGUGCUAAGUUUUAUUCAGAGAUUGCUGAGAUGGUGAAGUUUGUACUUAUUGGAGAUGACCUGAAUCAGAGUGAAAACGAGAAAUGUUUGAUGUUGUUGUGCGAUGUGGAAGUGAGCGCUACAAAUAUAAUGUUGUAUUUAUUGCGCGGGAGAUUAGCGCUAAGCGAUUCUGGAUGGUGGCGGUUACUAGCCAGCUUGUUACCCGUGUUGCCUUUGUUACAUGUAUAUGCGGAACAUAAUACGCAGCUAGAAUUGGAUAUAGCAUCAUGCAUGGGUGUGUCCCUGGCAGAGGUGGUAUCGGGUCUGGUACGCUUAUUGUUUGUACGCUGCGUAGCAGUACAGUUGGAUGCUGCGCACGAACUAUGCCUCCUGCUCGAUGAUGAAAGAUAUUUGCCGCCAAAAGAAGCUUUACGGGCAGACGUGUUGAUGAAUGCUCUGAAGCGAGUGCAGCCACAAGACUUCAACGUUGACUCGACUAGCUCUCCAACGAAAAACCCCCAAAUAGCAGGGUUGUUACAAAUCUUGGACGUGUUGAAGCAAGAUAUAGUAUUAGACGAACAUGGUACUGAAUACGUUACCAGAGAGACUGUUCAACCUACGUUAGAGCCGUCGUUGCGGCGGAGUACUUUGCAGCAACUCGCAGUUUUGUUGCGUCAACAAGAGUGUCACGAUGCGAUGUCUUUGAUGGUGAACGAUUACCUAGCAUAUCCAGAGUGUGCCAUAAGCUGUGUGUCUGUAUUGAACAGUGUUUGUUUUGCCGGUCGACAUAGUUUGGCCAAAGUCACUGAUCUACCCACAUUACUAUUAAGGGUGAUAUUAGUGUUCCCAGCAAACGAUUCAGCUGUAUUAAUGUCGGCGCAAGUGUUAGCACUGAUAGCGUGGUCGGGAUUCACACUUCAAGAGUUAGAUUCAGAUAGAAAACGUGUUCCAGCUCUACCUCACUGUGUUACCCUUCGGACUGUAUUGCCUUUUAAUGCUAACAGCUACUGGAACACUAGUACGCAGCGUGUAGCCAAGGGAGCGGCUCCUCCCCCCGCGCCCCUCUUACUCCAACCCACCAAUCAGGAUCGAGCUCUACUCAAAGCUUCCAGCCCUCAACAUACAGCUACUAGUGCAUUACUAGCAUUGGAGAAUGCCACCUCACACGCGCAAGUUAUCGAUGCCCUGUCUUUACUGGAAAGUUAUGUUCGUCUGUUGCCCUUGUUCUCAACGAGUGAAGAGUUCGCUUCAUUGCCAUGGCAACAUGUGCAGCGUUUCCUUCGAGCACCGCCUGCCUCGUCGCGCGACAUCGCUUUACUUGUUGCUCUUAUGCAUUUCGUAAUAUCAUAUAUGGAUAGUACACCUAAAUCAGAUGGCAUCCCAUCUUGGGUUAAGUCCUCACUUAUCGAUAGUGACAUGACAGUCCUGUCCAUAUUGAGUCGUGACCAACUUUUGCCUCAGCAAAAUGCACAGGAGAGCAUUGAAGUGACGCAGCUUCAUAUACAUAUAGUCAAAAUACUGCAACGCUGCGUCAAGCGACUGCAAUAUGAAGAUUAUGACACUGGCAAAUUGGAGAGUUUAUUGAAAAUUAUGGUGUCUUGUUUGGAGAGAAUAGACUUGAAGAAUUUCCACGUUUUGGGUAUAAAUCUUUAUGUUAUUAUUAAUAUAGAAUUUUACAGAGUUUCGAAUUGUAAAAAUUAAAAAUAUUUCUAAAUUAGGCUCGGUGCAUAUCUCAUAGAAGAUGUAUCGCGGAAUGUCAGAACUGACAAACAUAUGAUAGGACAUUCCACCUCGUGAGGUUUCAUGUGCGCUUGCUUCUGUGAAGUGGUUGAUGGAUAUUUAGUCAGAUUUGAACCGACCCUUGAGCAUUGAAUAAAUUUCAAAAGCUGCUAAGAUUUUCUUUUAAAUUAA